AUGGACUUUAUCGCGGCAUGUCCAAGGAGGAAGUGCUUUUAUUGGAAGGCUUACAUUGCCGUCCCUGCAGCUCUCGGAUCGUACCAUCAACGCCGGCUCCUGGGAUGUAGCAUCCCGAAUCGCCCGGAGAUUCUAGUUGUGGUCUGGUUUUGGAUCAUGUGUAUUAUCCUCAACUUUGGGUUUCAUGACAUCUUCAUUCCGAAUGUCACGAUGCCAACUAUUUCGCGGCAGGCAUGGAAGUACGUUGCUCAACGGACUAGCAUGUUCGCAUAUGCCUGUUUGCCAUGGGUGUGGUUAUUCGCUGGACGGAACAAUAUCUUCAUUUGGGCCACUGGUUGGAGCUUCAGCACUUUCAAUGUCUUCCACCGGCACCUGAGUCGUCUCACAGCCAUAUUUGCCUUUGUACAUGCGAUAUCAUAUACUGUUCUGGAUACGAUCUAUGGACCUUACUACGAAGAAGGAUUGCAUGUUCUCUGGUUCAAGUUUGGUAUUAUUGGUGCCACUAUGAUGGGGCUACUUUGCGGCCUCUCCAUUCCCUACAUUCGUACUAAAUGUUAUGAGUUAUUUUUGGUUGGGCACAUCCUAUUUGCAGUGAUCCUUCUUGUUGCGCUUUUCCAGUGCGUCCUUCUUUGCUCCCUCCCUGUCUAUGACUUUGGCAGAUGCGAGACCGGCUUACAAGAUAAAACAGACAUACUUCCGUUUUCGGAACUAAAUAUAACGCCUACCUCUGGCCAGUGGUUGCCAUAUGGUGCUGUGAUCGGUUCUUGCGCCUCGUACGCCUCUGAAGAGGCUGAUGUCGUCCGACUUGACGUCCAAGCAGAUGGCUCAAUCCGGCCUUUGCCAGGGCAUUACUUCCAUCUAUAUCAAUUAUUCAGUUGGCGUGGCUGGGAAAACCAUCCUUUUACAGUCGGCGCCUACACAGCACCAAACCCAACGUCGCCAUUAACGUCUUCAUCUAAUGCACAACAAGGACCCCACUAUAUGACUGGAGCCCUUAACGAGAAGAACCCAUUCACUUCAACUCCUACAGAGGUAUUUACACAGGGAUCCCAAUCUUCUACCACUGACCCUGCUCUUGGAAACCUUGUUUUCUGGAUUCGUCCUUAUAACGGUUGGACAAAGCGACUGAAAGACCAGUGUUUACGUUCAUCAUCCUCUGAUGAUAGUGCUGUGAACGGAUAUUAUCAAACCUCUAUUCCUAUAUCCUUGGAGGGUCCUUACGGUCAUACACUUCCGUUGCAUCACUACGGCACUGUGGUCAUGAUCGUUGGUGGGACCGGCAUAGCAACAGCAGUACCUUACAUUCAUGAUCACGUUUCCAGAUUGUCGAAGGCAGGCUCUAGGGUAUCUGACGAUACAAAAACCCAGACUUCCAACCUUACUCUGGUCUGGGCAUGCCGCGGCCAUGUAUUCAUGCAGCAGCUUUGUGGUAGGGAACUUGCUGGUGCACUAGAAAUCGAAGGAUUUACUGGGCGCUUCCAUUGUACGAAAGGCUGUAAUAGCCACUGCGCUGCUGAUAACAAGAAUGGGGAAUUGCGUAUUGAGCGUGGACGCCCGAAUAUUGAGAAUAUCAUCCAUGGGGCCGCUACAGAAGCGCAGAUUGCCAGGCACAAAAUGGCGGUACUCACAUGCGGGUCACCCCAUAUGUCAGAUGAGGUUAGACGCAGUGUGCAUCGUAUACUGAAAAAGGGGUACGAAGGGAUUGAGUAUUUUGAGGAAGCAUACUCAUGGCUUUCCUGGCCCUCGCAUUCUUUCGUUGCCAAGUUGCACCUGUGCUAUGGUCUCAAGAUCACAAUACCGAAGUUGACGCUGUCAUUUGGUUGGUAUGCGCCCUUGUUUCGAGGGAUCGAUGUCACUGCCUUCCGUGACCCUUACGUUUUCCAGAAUAAGGACCUAGAUGACACUGUUGGCAGUAGCUCGGGCACUUGGUAUGCUGCUAUCUCGGGCGGUGUCCACGAUGUCGGGCCCGGGGUGUUCCUCUAUCGCAACCAGGGAUCGGGUUAUGAGGACUGGGAGUACCUUGGAAAAUGGUGGAGUGAGCCUGUUAACUCGACCUGUGGCAACGGUGACUGGGCUAAGGCAUGGGGCUACAAUUUCGAAGUUGGGAAUGUGUUCAGUCUCGACAAAGAAGGCUAUAAUGUCAACGGCGAGACUUUUAUCACUCUCGGCGUGGAGGGUUCGUAUGGCCCAAUCACCGAAUCUGUUACCUCGAUGCAUGGCAUGCUGUGGGCGUCCGGUAAUAUCUUGAAACCGGACGGCGGAAAUGUGACUUUUGAGCCUACCAUGGCGGGUGUUCUUGACUGGGGAAUAUCCUCAUAUGCCGCGGCAGGAAAGGUCCUACCAGCGACGUCUCAGGCCUCCGAGAAGAGCGGUGCGCCUGAUCGCUUUAUCUCGUACGUGUGGCUGACUGGAGACGUCUUCGGAGGCGUGGCCGGAUACCCAAGUGAGCAGCAGGGAUGGCAAAAUACGCUACUACUCCCCCGUAAAUUACAUAAACAGACUAUUUCCAACGUGGUCGAUAAUGACCUUGCCUCGGAGACUGGCUCGUGGUGCGUAAAAGAUAGCGAGAAUAGCUGUCUCAAGCUUGAAACAAUGGGAAUCAAGAUUGCGAGAGAGACAUAUAAGGCAAUGACAAAUAAAACGUCCUUCACCGAGCCGAAGCGCACGUUUUGCGAAGACGGUGCUGUUCCCUUCAAGCAGUCGCCCACCACCAAGUUCUUCGUUCUUAAUGCCCAGCUCUCAUUCCCCAAGUCCGCUCGUGACCCUGGAGUUCAAGCUGGUUUCAAGAUUCUCUCUUCGGAGCUUGAGUCGACAACUAUCUACUACCAAUUCUCGAAUGAAUCUAUCGUCAUUGGCCGCACGCAGCCGUCCAGACCACCACUGAAAUUGAACACUACUACCGAGUCAGGGCGUCUGCGGUUGUUUGACAUCAAUAAGAAUUGCAACAAGAGCGACGAUGAUGAUAAACAAGAAGAGAGGAAGAAAAAGGAUGCCUAUAGAGAACAUGGCAGAAACCGCCACAAUGUCAAGCUUGCUGCAGAGGAUGAGUCGCACAUUGAGACUUUGGAUCUCACUAUUGUGGUUGACAACGCUGUUCUUGAAGUUUAUGCUAACUCACGAUUUGCCCUUUCUACCUGGGCUCGUACCUGGUAUGCCAACUCAACCGAGAUUAGCUUCUUCCAUAAUGGCGAGGGAGAAGUCACUUUCAGCGAUAUCAGUGUGUCCGAUGGCUUGUACGAUGCCUACCCUGAUAGGGCCCGGUAA